UCCGCACUUCACAAACCAGAGCCGGGAGGUGUAGAGUGUUACAAAACGCAGCACAUGCACUCAACUGGGAACGAUCCUGACGAGCAUCAACAGCCCCUAGUGCAGACCAACUACAGCUACGCUCCUUACUGAUGAUGACUCCAUCUGUGGUCUUUGUCUUGCUGGCUGUUCUAGGACAGACCAGCGGCAAAUUAGAUCCUAAUAUUGCUAGAGGUGGAAACGUGAUUCAGUCCUCCCAGCAUGGGUAUGCCGUCCCUGAAAGGGCUAUUGAUGGAAAUCGUGCUAGCAACUAUGGACAGGGAUCCUGCAGCGUCACUAACAAUGAUUUAAAACCAUGGUGGAGACUGGACCUCCUGAAGACAUAUCAGAUCAACACUGUCACCAUCACCAACAGAGGAGAUUGUUGCCCCGAGAGAAUCAAUGGUGCUGAGAUCCGCAUUGGAAAUUCCCUCAAUGACAAUGGCAACGAUAACCCCAGAUGUGCUGUUAUCUCGUCUAUCAAAGCUGGGACCUCCCAAACCUUUGUCUGUAACAGAAUGGAAGGUCGUUAUGUCAACAUUGUGAUUCCUGGAAGACGAGAAUACCUGACACUGUGUGAAGUGGAAGUCACUGGUCAGGCUUUAGAUACUAAUAUUGCUACACGUGGAAACGUGAUUCAGUCCUCCCUGUAUGGGAAUGAAGUCCCUGAAAGGGCCAUUGAUGGAAAUCAUGCUAGCAACCUGGGACAGGGAUCCUGUAGCGUCACUAACAAUGAUUUAAAACCAUGGUGGAGACUGGACCUCCUGAAGACAUAUCAGAUCAACACUGUCACCAUCACCAACAGAGGAGAUUGUUGCCCUGAGAGAAUCAAUGGUGCUGAGAUCCGCAUUGGAAAUUCCCUCAAUGACAAUGGCAAUGAUAACCCCAGAUGUGCUGUUAUCUCAUCUAUGGCAGCUGGGACCUCCAAAACCUUUCUGUGUAAUGGAAUGGAAGGUCGUUAUGUCAACAUUGUGAUUCCUGGAAGACGAGAAUUAUUGACACUGUGUGAGGUGGAAGUCACUGGGACACUAUCAUAAAAAACUGAUUCUAAAAUAAUUUCUUAGUUUUUGUUGACUUAAUUUUAACGCUAUUCUAUGCAAGUUUGCGUAUUUGGUGUGUUUUUGCUUCGCACACAGAGCACAUUUUAAGUAAAAGACUUGGUAUUACAUAUCAUAAGGUCAGGACAAUUGUAUGCUGAAACUUUAUGUAACACUGAUACAGAUGGUUGUUUUAUAUGUUAGA